AUGUCGUUUUGGAUGCUAUUCGCUGUUGAAUUGUCGAUUUCCCAGGCCCUGUUGAGCUCUGUCGGUGGUACUCCGUUCUGUAGUUCAAGUUCCUUUGCAUUCCCGGAGUUGGAAGGCGCUGAGUUGGUCCGCAUCAAUGCGAACGCUGUCCACAACUAUACAGCGCGUUCGGUUCGUUCGGGCUCUCUCGUCACAACAUCUCAUAUCAGUUUCUGCAAUACCACGGUGACGUAUACACAUCCCGGCUGGAACGAUACCGUCAACGUGGAGGUUUGGCUGCCACUUGAACAAAAGGACUGGAAUGGUAAGCUCGAGGCAGUGGGAGGCGGGGGUUACAGUGCCGGAUUUGGCGCGCUGUUUCUGACCCAGGCGGUGGUUGAUGGGUACGUGGCCAUCGAUACAGAUGCAGGUCAUGAGUUCGGGCCUUCGGUUGCUCAACAUCCAGGGGGCUGGGUGCUUGUUAGCCCUGGAAACGUCAACUGGUAUCUUAUGGACAACUUUGGCUCGAGGUCUCUGUAUGACAUGACGAUCAUUGGAAAGGCCAUCACCGAGACGUAUUUCGGCCGGAAACCGACAUAUUCAUAUUUCGCUGGGUGCUCCCAGGGUGGGCGUCAGGGUCUGAUGAUUGCGCAGAGAUAUCCUGAUCUGUAUGAUGGGAUCUUGUCUCAGGCGCCGGCUAUUAAUUUUGAGAACUUCAUUCCGGCUGGAUACUGGGCGCAGCAGGUCAUGAAUGACCUUGGCGUGUAUCCGUCACCUUGCGAAAUCAAUGCCUUCACGAAAGCGGCGAUCGAGGCCUGUGAUAUGUUGGAUGGAGUAAGAGAUGGGGUCAUCUCGGCACCGGACCUGUGUCACUUCAACCCGCACAGUGUUGUGGGUCAGAAUGUGUCCUGCAAUGAUACUACAACACGGAUGCUCACAAAGGCAGGCGCUCAUAUUGUAGAAGCAGCAUGGGACGGCCCACACAGCCCGACAGACAAUAUUGGCUGGUUCGGUCUGAAUAAAGACGCCUCGCUCACCGGCGCAUAUGUCACCACCAAUUGCUCAAGCGGCACAUGUUCAGGAGCACCAACCCCGCUUCUAAGCAACUGGUUCCCGUAUUUCGUUGCCAAAGAUCCCGACUUUGCGAUAGCGAACAUGACCGUUGCGGAUUUCUUCGCCGCGCUCCGGCUUUCAGACUUGGAAUACAAGUCCAUGCUUGGGACCGCCUGUCCGGACCUUUCUGGGUUCCGGGACGCUGGCGGGAAGAUGAUUUCCUGGCAUGGUCUCGCUGACGAAAUCAUUCCUCCUAAUGGAACUAUUGCAUACUAUCAGGAAGUGCUUGAGCUCGAUCCUUCGGCGCAUGAGUUCUAUCGGUUCUUCGAGGCCCCGGGAGUCGGACACUGCGCGGGGGGCUCGGGGCCGUUUCCCAAUGAGAUAUUCAAGGAACUUAUUGCCUGGGUUGAGGACGGUGUCGUUCCGGAGAGAUUGAAUGCUAGCAGUGCCGACGGAACGGUGAGGCCUCUCUGUCCAUAUCCUUCCCGACAGACUUAUGUGGGUGGGGAUCCCUCAGAAGCUGGCUCUUUCGCGUGCGUUUCUAGGGGGGCCGAGGAUAAGGAUAAAGGUCUGCUUGCAGAUAUUUUUCAAUUUUACCGGCCUUCGUGA